GGCAUGACGUCACCCACCGCUCUGCGCUCCGGCAGUAACGCGCAAAGAUGCUCUGAAAGCAAGACUGCAGCAUCACCGAGUCACAAAAAACAUCGCAUCUCCUUAAAGCGCUCGUCCAGUCAUCUCUUCUCUGGACUCUAUUCAACACUAUUUACACUUUAAAACUGCAGGCUUUACCCACCACCUGUAUGAAGGAUCUGAGGAUCACAUUGAACGCUGUUUUUCGCCUCUUUAUUAUUUAUUAUUCGCGUAAGUUACACAUGUUUAGUUCCGAGUCGUUUUAGUUUUGCUGGCCACUGAGGUCAUAUAUUGUUUUCACGAGGAGCUAGCGCCAUCAAAGAGCGCUGCUUGAAAUUAAAAGGGAAUUAAAUCGUUUGAGCCACGAGUGAGGACGCGCGCCCACAUCACUUGUUAUUAAUACAGGCUACGCGCAUCCUAAAUAUAAUCGAGCCACUGGAUAUCGAUGUGUCUUUAAUUUCCCAUCUGCGAAACUGCGAAGACUUGGUGUGGUCUUACGGUGUUUUGACGGAGGAUCGCAACCACAUCGACGCACCUCAGACAUAUCAUCUUGGUUUCAUCUAGAAACGUCGUAUCUGAUCCGUAUCGCGUAUAGGAAAACGUGAUAGCACUUAAAGCUUCUUCAUAAAAAUGAUGGCCGGUGGGGCAGUGCAGCAAAACGGGAUUUUCUCCAAUCCACAUCAUCACAAUCAACAGCCGCACAUGGAGUCUGAUCCCCCCGAUUCCCGCAAAAGACCUCUGGAGACCCCGACGGAGGCCAGCAGCACCAAACGUACAAACACAGGAGAGAGAUGCAACCAAGCGGCCAUCCAUGAUCCACCAUUUUCAUCAGAUUUUGUCGGAUUUCACGAGGAAGGCGAAUAUUUCUUAAAGGUGCUGAUCCCAAGCUACGCCGCGGGCUCCAUUAUUGGCAAAGGUGGUCAGACCAUUGUCCAGCUACAGAAAGAAACAGGGGCCACUAUCAAGCUGUCCAAAUCCAAAGACUUCUACCCAGGAACAACAGAGCGGGUAUGCUUGAUUCAGGGCACCGUAGAGGCGCUCAACAGCGUCCACGACUUCAUCGCGGAGAAGGUACGGGAGAUGCCACAGAGUGCUCAAAAAACAGAGCCGGUCAGCAUACUUCAACCACAGACCACCGUCAACCCUGACCGUGUCAAACAGGCCAAGCUGAUAGUACCCAACAGCACGGCAGGACUGAUCAUUGGCAAGGGCGGGGCCACAGUCAAGGCUGUCAUGGAGCAGUCUGGUGCCUGGGUGCAGCUCUCACAGAAACCAGAAGGCAUCAACCUGCAGGAGCGUGUGGUGACCAUCAGCGGAGAACCUGAGCAGAACCGUAAAGCGGUGGAGAUCAUCGUGCAGAAGAUCCAGGAGGAUCCACAGAGCAGCAGCUGUCUGAACAUCAGUUACUCCAACAUCUCUGGCCCAGUGGCCAACUCCAACCCCACCGGUUCCCCAUAUGCCAACUCGGCCGAGGUGAUGCCAGCCGCUGCCGCUGCGGCGGCAGCCACAGCCUCCAGUCUCCUGGGGCAGGCCAGUCUGGCUGGAGUGGGUGCUUUCCCUACCACCAUGUCCAGCUUCUCAGGGAAUGACCUGCUGGCUAUCACGUCCGCACUGAAUACGUUAGCCAGCUACGGAUACAAUACCAACUCCCUGGGUCUGGGGCUCAACCCUGCGGCCGCCUCAGGGGUUCUUGCCGCUGUGGCUGCUAGUGCAAACCCAGCUGCAGCUGCAGCCGCCAACCUGCUAGCCUCCUACGCUAAUGACGCAUCCACCAGCGCUGGCCACCCAGCAGCCAGUCUAGGAGGCUUCACGUUAGGAUCGCUAGCCGCUGCCACUGGAGCCACCAAUGGCUAUCUGAGUGCUGCUUCCCCACUGGUUGCAAGCUCUCUCUUGGCCACUGAGAAGCUAACCGAAGGGGCCAAAGAUGUUGUGGAAAUUGCAGUGCCAGAGAACUUGGUGGGUGCCAUUUUGGGGAAGGGAGGCAAAACGCUUGUGGAGUACCAAGAACUGACAGGAGCCCGCAUUCAGAUCUCCAAAAAGGGAGAGUUUGUUCCCGGCACCAGAAACCGUAAAGUUACCAUAACCGGAUCGCCAGCCGCCACACAGGCAGCACAAUAUCUUAUCAGCCAGCGAAUUACAUACGAGCAGGGUGUGAGGGCCACCAAUCCGCAGAAGGUGGGCUAAAACAGGGAGUAUAAAAAAGGAGAGAAAGAGUGGGGGAUGGGGAAGAUACAGAGAAAGAGAUGGAGGGCAUGAAUAAUGAAGAAAAUCAACCACAGGCUUUGUGGAAAUCUCAGUAUUAAAAAAAAAUAAUUGAAGAAAUUCAAGAAAAAAUGUGUAAAAUGUAAAUAUGGGUUUAUUUCUUAAGUUUGAAUCUUUUGGGAUUUUUUUUGUUAUUUUUUGUUUGUUUGUUUUGUUUUGUUCCGUUUUGUUUUAUUUUUGUCCAUUUUCCGGACAGCAGUGAAUGGCAUUUCAACCUGGCAUGCUGCCGCGCUGCAGUUCUCAGCAGGUGGGCAAGGUGGUAGGAUGGGGAGAAUGGGGUGGAGCAAUCGGAGAUCCAAACUCCCAGGAAUCAGCCCUUUCCCCACCCCCAUCCCCUCCUAGCUGACAGAUUUUUGUUCUUUACUUUUAGCCCUAAGAUUAAUUCUCAAACCUUUGGCCCAUGCCCCCUUUCUAUGAGGGUCUGGGACUGAAAUCACCCCUACCCAAUUCUGUGACACCCCAUAACCCACCCUUGCCCCAGCCCUCCCAAUUCCAGCCAGCCCAACCCUGCCUUGAAAGAUGGGGCAGGAUAGGGCAAGGGAUGCGAGGCUGCUCUAGGGUCCCUCAGCGCCACUAGACAUUGACCUGGGGUACCAGUUUGACCAGGCGCAUGCCACGCGAUGCUACUUGCUACUACAGAGUUAGCAUAAGGGAAGCUUGUAGAUGAUGUUGCGGACAUAGACCAGGAUGCAAAUUGCACCUGCUUUGGUCAGAAUCUAUAGUACCAGAGCUCCUUCAGAUUGAGGCAUUUUCUCUAUGGGAUUUGAAGUCUAGUGUUUAUACAGAUACUAUCUUAUCAUUAUUCUUACUACUACUAUUAUUAUUAUUAUUACAAAUUAUCAUCACCAUCAGCGUUAUUUAUUAAUAUGAUUUCACCCAUAAGGACUGAGGUAUCUUUUUUGUUUUUCUUAAUCUGUAAAUUCAGGUUGACAUGAAUGUAAAGACAAUUUUUUGGAUUUCGUUUUUUAUUUAAGUAGAUUGAAUCGUGUGUCCAUGUAAUAUAUGUCUUAUUUAACGUCCAGUGAUAACUGCACCGUCGGCACCAAUACAGUUAAAAACCUCACACAUACAGUACACUCUAAGCAAACGAUUACCACUUAAAGUGCAACUAAACAUAAGCAGACUUGAAAUCACAAUGGGACUAGAUGAUUUAUUCACAUAUCCAGUAAAUGAGAAUGUAGGUCUUUGCACAAGUCCAAAGGAGUUACUAAAUAACAUUAUAUUGAAUAUCAUUUUUGCCCCAGACACCCCUUCCUUUGUAGUUUAUGUCCCUUUCUCUUCAAAUUUGCUGUUGUGCAGCUAGAGCCACUGCAGUUAAAUGUCUGCACAGUUAUUGGAAAAUUUGCAUAGAUUAUGAACGCAUACUACUGAACAACUACAGCCACGAACAAAUUCAUGCUCUGAUCGGCACAGGCUAGUUAGUAAUAUGUUGUGCCCUGGAAAUCCUCUUUUUGGUUGCAGCACCAGUUAUCCAGGUUGUCUGCUUUAUUGUGGCUAAUAUGAAUCACAAUGACUGAUUUCUUAGAAACUGAGCAGGCGGCCCAUGUGGAAAAACUUCCUGUGCAGAUCAGAACUAUCCAUGUGCGACGUAUGUGCUGCUAAUAAGAUCAUACUUUGUUUUGUGUUGUUUUUUUCUGAGUACACUGAAUUUUGUCUUAAUGCACUGUGAAGUGUGGAGGCCGUGACGGAGGGCCAAACUAAGUCAGGGUUUUGUAUUAUCGCAUAUCGCAUGUAUCACAAUGAUGGAAUGUACUCAUGUGGAACUUCUCAUAUUUAUAUCAACGUCCAUGGAGUCAAUGCAUUGCUUUUUGUAGGUUAGAAGGGAUCAGAGAAUCGGGACUGAAUGGUUGGUAGGCUGAGGUCAGAGAUUUGGGUUCUUCUGGACGUCAUAUUGCAGUAUCCGAUAUUACGUUUCUAGGUGUGCGCACACCCAAUUAUGGCAAGCUGAGUGUCUAUUUAUUGCAAAGGGGCAGAGGAUGGUAAAUUCUCUAACUUUGUGUCCUCCAAAGUAAUUUUGUCUAAAAGACAAAUAUAUAAAGAAUACAUUUUUAAUCACCCCAAACGUUUUAAGACCAUUCAGAAUUUCAAAACAGAUUGGAUGCCUACAUUAUAAUUUAGACAGCGCUGUGCUCUCUCUCCCCUCACUAAAGUUAUGACUCUUUCCUCUCCUUUGCUUUUGGAGCACCAGGGAGAGUAAAUCUGAACCGAUUGGUAAGGAGGCUUCUUUAUUUUCAUCAAAAAACCAUCACCUCCUCUCACCUCUUCUCAACCCCCUUUUUACCUUUGUGCACCCCCAUUCUGACACAUCAACCCAGAGACCUUUCUCUCACAUCUCUCCAUGGGUGGCAAUGUCUGGUGUAACAGUGCAUGUGUGCUUGCCCUUUCACAAUGAUACAAAAGAGAAGAUGUGACUACAGAGUAGAAAGUAGACAACCACAUCACACCUGAGUCUGUCAUAUAUCUGGGCCUCUUUAAAGUGGAUUUUGCACAAAGCCAUCAAUGUGUUUGUAUGGUGAGUGUGUGUAUGUGUGUAUAGCUUGCAGUCUUGAGUUAGGAUAGAAAUGGAUGUGUCCAGGCAGAUAUGGGAACUAUGCGAUGUUGUGUCCAAGGUGAGGUGGUCUAACAAGCGAAG